AUGAGGACUCACAUACAUUGGCUUUUUUCCUGGGCAGCGGGAACACUACGCAGAGAGCUGUGUAAGGAGGUUGCUGAGCUAUUGCUCGAGCACCACAGCCUCCACUUCAAGGCCACCUCCGCGACUGUGGAGCAACUGGAAAUGACUUUUAUGAGUCAGCUCGCCGUAACAAUGCAAGGAGUUGCUCCAAACCUUUGGAACCUUGUCUCAGCUUUACUUGACAGCAGAGAAUACCGCCAUCGAAAAAUGCUGCACCCUGCUGGCCACAUUCCAGCACCUGAAGAUACCCCUUCACAGAAUGAGAUGGACUUGGGUGAAUUGGGUGGAGAUGAGCCAUAUUUUGAAGACAAUAAUGAUGGGGAUGAAGAGGAUGAUGGGGUUUUUGAUCUUUGGUACCUAAGUGCAGCCGCUAACUGUAACCAGAAAACGGUAGUGAUAAUCAGCAUAUGCAUGCAAAACACAAACAAAAGAUGCAACUGCUUACAGGGCUGGAUGGGCUUUUUCAUGAAGUCAACAGGUGUCCCUGAGAAGGUCAUCAAGGUCAUGGCACACGCAGGGCUGUCCGUCAACCUGUCCACCAUAUAUAACAUGGUGACAUCUAUUUUGAAGGAGAUCAGCCGUGACAUCAAAAGGGAAGUCCACACGCUCUGUGCAGCAUUUGCAUAUGACAAUUUUGAUAUUGCCUUCAAUGUUGCCCAGCCAACACUCGAAAACCACUCCUUCUUUGUCAGCACAACAUCCGCCACUGUGAUUUCACUGUAUGGUGUUGAUGAAAGUAACGAGGAGGUGUUGCGGAGCUCGGCAAAGUUGUGGGCCUCUGAUCCAAAGAAUCCAUCGCCGUCAUUAUUCCCACUGAUGAACGAAAGCAGAAGCUUUUUAAUGCUUCACAAAAAGGACACCUACAAUCAGCAAAUGAAUCCAACACAGCUGAGUGGACAAGAGGAGGCUUUUGCAUGGCAUAUUUAUGCCAUCCUUAUCCAACACAAUCAAAACUUCAAGCACUUUGCAGACAAACUUGACGAGCCUGAAACCAUCCAGAGGAUACCUAUACACAAGACCAAUCAGAUACCCUGCUGCUCAAUGAAUAUCAAGCAGUCUACCACAGAUCGAAACAUUGAAGUCUUGGACAACUUGUUUCACCAGGGAGGUAUCAGGGACAAAAGUGAGGUCAACUUUGAUGCAGAACACGAUGUUGACAUGACAGAACAUGUAAUUCUGGUUCAUGGAGACCUAUUAACAAAGGAGUGGGUUGACAGUGUGCGGAACAGCCAAAAAAUUGAGCACACACCGAAAAAUCGUCUCCAGUAUGUUGUGUUCCUCCCAGGACUCUUUCACUAUAAGAUGGCAUGUGCAGAUGCAUUGUGGUGCACAUACAUUCAUCCAAAGGAAGGGUGCGAGGAUGAUAAUAGCCUCUAUCAGCACAUUGGGAUCCUUUGA